UUAUGGAGGAGGAAAGAGAAAUCUCCUGCCUUUUAUUUCUUUACUACCGAAGUCACCCAUAUCCUUUUCCUAGUAUAGGCAGUUACCCUGUCCUUUUCUUUCAGAAUUGAUGCAGACAUACCUUGAAGCACGGGCAAUUCUUAAAAUCUUAAACAUUGGUUCAGUUUAACAAUUUUACUGAGUUGCUUUGCAUGGAAUUGAAGCUUUCUCCCUUUUUUCUCCCCCUGUCUGAAAGUGGUCAAAGUGAAGAGGUGCAGUUCCUGAGGACGGGACUUUAUGUUCAUUACUAAUUCAAGGUAUAGAUGAACUGCUUGAUCUGACAGCUUCUGUGCCUGCUUUACUUUCAAUAAAUCUGAAGUGAUCUACCUAAAAAGUUGUCAGGAUUCAGUUUAUCGCUAGUACAUUGAUGAGUAAAGCGUGAUGGCUUCACUUACAUUCCGUAGCAGCCGCCAUCAUUAUCGCUCCAAUGGAAAGCGUUGCUGUGCGCAGAGGCCCGCACUCACCAGGAAAUGCCGCUGAGUUGCAGUGACCCGGGAGCGAUCUCCAAGCUCUUUGCUUUACCUGGGGGAUAGACAGGACACGCAUUUGUAACUAUGAGAGGUUACGCUAUACAAAAUAACGCUCUCCAAGCAAACCUCGGUAUGGAAUGGAUUUAACAGAGGCCGGGCACUGAAGGGCCAUAACAUAUUGAACCUGAUCCAGGGGAAACACCGGCCCAGCAAAACAGCUAUUGGAGAACGUGACCUUUUCUCACGUUGCACUCAGCCUCUUUUACCAAAGCUCAAACCUGGGACUGAAUCAGUCACAAAGGAUUUAACAUAAAUGCAGACACUGAAGGUUUCCUCUCCACCUGUAAGAUGCUGAAGUUAGGCUUACCAGCACAACGCACGGAAGGGUUUUGGUCCUGUCUGGCACAGCGUUACAGUCCGCAGUACACUGUGGAAAUAAGAAAAAAUAACUGAUUAAGGAAAAUAAGCAGCACUGAAGAGAAUCAGGAUGAUAAUUCGUAUUUCUCUCCUUCUGUUAUAACUUUCAGAAGCAAGUGGAGGCAAAGCUUGAAGAUCAGUCAGAAAAAGAAAUUCUGCCCUACCUGUGACAGUCAGACAGUGGAACAAAAAAUGCCAGUGAAAUGUUGUUUCCACAGGUCAAACACUGGGGAAACAAUGGCCUGGUCUGAGUCUGUGGAUACACUACUAGCUAAUAAAGAUGGCUUGGCAGCUUUUAGGACAUUUUUGAAGUCAGAGUUCAGUGAGGAGAAUGUAGAGUUCUGGCUGGCCUGCGAGGACUUCAAGAAGACCAAGUGCUCCACUAUGAUCGCCUCAAAAGCCCAAAAGAUUUAUUCUGACUUUAUAGAAGCUGAUGCUCCCAAGGAGAUUAAUAUUGACUUCCAUACCAAAAACGACAUCUCUCAGAAUAUCUCCGAGCCCACCCUCAGCUGUUUUGAUGAUGCUCAGAGGUUAAUCUAUAGUCUCAUGGCAAAGGACUCUUUUCCCAGGUUUCUAAGGUCAGAAGUAUACAAGGAACUAGUAAAGAAGCAACAGAACGGAAAUCAGAAGAGAUGGCUCCCAUUUUUGUGAGAAAAUACCUGAGGGAUUAUGAAUGUGUAAAUGUCUCCCAUGGCAACUCAGUACAGACAACAUUUUAUUAAAGUGACGGUACAAACCAGAUCUAACAAUUGCUUUUGCCAGCUUGUUUUUAAGUACAAUGUGCACAUGAUACUUUCUAAUAACGGUGGAGAAAUAUUCAAGAAACACGAUGGAAUAUGCCAAGACAUUUGAGGUACCUUUCAAGUAAAAAUUUUGCCACUGAUAAUUUCUCCAUUGCUGGCUUUAUUUGUCAAAGUGUUUUCACAUUUUUAAGCAGAAUGUUUCGGUUUUCUGGUUUGCCAUUGAUUUUUUCUUUAGAAGUAUGGCCACGAAACCAAAUUCCUUGCAGGGGACUUGAACACAUUCAUUCAUCAUCUUAUUUGUAAUUUGUAAAAAUAUUAAAGUCCUCUUUUAAACAUGUUUUAUACUGAUUCAAAACACAAGAAGUAGAAAUAUGGUAGAUAACACACUAUGAUAAUAUUUAAUAAAUAGGCAGCUGCUUUAUAACAAAUGUUCCUGGCAUUCAGAGCAAAUUAAUGUUUCAUAACACAGCUGUCUGCAAUAUGACUCUCUCCAAUUUUCCUUGUGUUUAUUUAAUUUUAAUUUUUAUUGAAAAGUCUGAUUUAUUGUCUAGGCAUUUUGGAAGAGAACUGAGUAAAUCUUCCUUUGUAUAUUUUCAAUCAACAAUUUGUUUUCUCUGCUUUUUCGAAUUUAACCGGUGAUACUGUCCCCAUGCGCUCAUGAAGAAGUAAUGUGAAUAAUUAUUACCACUUUCAAUGAAAUACAGAUAAGCAGAAAAGUAGACAU